AUGUUGCAAGAUGUUAUCCACCCUCCAUCACAUGAUGAACAACUAUCCAUUGAUGAAAUUUCAAGUCCAAAUAUUAGUGCACAAAUUUUAGAACUUUGUGACCCUGAUUUGUUCCAAGACUCUCUCCAACAAAACUCUGACGUUACUUCUACCUCAAAUUGUUGUCAUCAUGAAGAAAACAACAUCAAUAUCAACAACAUCAACAACAAUAACAAUAACUCUUCAUAUACCUUAAACAAUAUUUCACAAGCUUUAGAUUUAGACAAUAACAUCAAUAGCAAUAGCAAUAGUACUACAAGCACAACAAGCAACAAUAACACAACCAAUAAUAACCUUCCAAUUAUCUUCGAUUCGCAACAAGAUAUCGACAAUGACAUAUCGGCUUCGAUAGACUUCACAUCGUCGCAGUCUUUCCUCGUUCCGUCGCUUCUUCCACUCAAUACUCAUCAGGAACAACAAUUUGAUUUCUCUUCAACACAACCUCAUCAUAAUCCUCUUCAGCUAUCAACAUGUUCAGUUUUGAAAGGACUAUCUUCGCAGUAUCAUCAAACUGAUCACAUUCCUGUUUCGGCGCCUCUCAUCGGUGCUUCCUUCGGUUCUGUGUUUGAAGAUGAUUGCAUAUCUUCUAUUCCUUCUUAUUCUCCUUCUUGUUCUUAUCUUAAUAACGGGUUAGGUGUGUAUAUGCCUCAUGGAAAUCUUGCUAGUGGUUUGUCUGGUGACACUUCUGGCUUGUUUGGUGGAGGAAUUCUAUUAGGUUCUGAAAUGCAGACUCAAGAUUUGGAUUAUCAAGGUGAAAAUGGUGGAAUUUAUUCUACAGAUUCUGUUCAGCAGCUGUUUAAUCCUCAGGAUUUUCAGGCACUUGGUACUGAGAAUCACAAACUAGUAGCUGGAAAUUCCGCCACUUUAUCACCAGAAAUCUCACAUUUGGAGGACUCUACCUUAAAAGUUGGAAAACUUUCUGUUGAGCAAAGGAAAGAGAAGAUUCAUAGAUAUAUGAAAAAGAGAAAUGAAAGAAAUUUCAGCAAGAAAAUCAAGUAUGCUUGCCGGAAAACAUUAGCCGAUAGCCGGCCUCGAGUUAGAGGAAGGUUUGCAAAGAAUGAUGAAUUUGGAGAGAAUCAAAGGCCAGCUUGUAGCAACCAUGAAACUGAUGAUGAAAUAGCUGUUAAAGAAGAAGAUGAUAUGGUUGAUUCCUCAGAUAUCUUUGCACAUAUCAGUGGACUUAACUCCUUCAAAUGCAACUAUUCUAUUCAGUCCUUGAUUUGA